AUGCGGUGGUGGUGGUUGGGCUGGCUGCCGGCCUUCGCUGCCCUUUCGUAUAAGUGCCAAAAUGAUCAGGUACUUGUCGUUCAAUCGUUCGGGAACGACACCAUCCGAAUGCACUGUCAGCGGCUGGACCUUUGUGGUUAUCAAAGACUGAAAUGCGAGUACGACACGAUGCAGCCGCACUGUGGAGGCCGGAUGAAUUUCGUGUCGCACGUCAACCAGGGAACCCCCAGUGGAUUAGUGGAACACACUUGCUGUCAACUCUACAACCCUCGCCCACCAAACGUCGUCCCGACCCACGAGGGAAAUGACUGCUUCAUCUACGAGCUCCCCGACGGAUCCACCCACCCGGUCGACGAGAAUAUCGAGCCGAUCAGCCAAUUUAAUGCCGAAGACCAACCGUUGACCGUCUUGAAAAGCGCGGCCGACAUCCCGUCCCAAAUCGAUGGGUACACCGGAUAUCGACUCCGGCUUUUCCUGCUCCGGAAUAAGAGCCCGCCCACGUUGCUGGUCAAGGGGAUCGAGAGGAGAAUUGACGGCUACCGCGUAACCAUCUGCCGUCCCCGCUGCUCCGGCAUGAAGGUUUCCGACCAGCAAAAUGGCUUCUCCGGGGUCUCCUGGAGCCGCUGGAGCUCGUCAAGCUGGUCUUCGUGGGCACGAAGUGUGUGGGGCAACGCCGAGGGUGAAGCCGAAGCGGAAGCCAGGGAGAGAGUGCGACACAGGUCUUCGGAGAUCCUCAACGGGGAGCAACCGGCUGCCGCAGUUGGAGGCCAAGGAGCCAACGGCCAAAACGGGACCAUCCACAUCCACAUCCACACCGAUGGGGAGGGGAAGCCGGUCAUUGGAGGGUUCGUGACAGGUGGGGGAGCUGGUGGAGCUGGAGCAGCUGGAGGAGCUGGAGGAGCUUCCGAAGGUGCUGCGGGAAGCGGUACUGGAGCCGCUGGAGGCGAUUCCGGAUCCGGAACGACACCGAAAACCGACUCCUCCGAGUCGUUCAACGGUAGGGGGCCAAAUACGGACUCGCCGAAGCCGAAUGGGUCUUCGGGGACUGACAAUGGGCCGACGGACCCCGAUGCCGGAGGGAAAGAAGGGGGAUCAGAUGCUGGAAAGACUACGGAAUCCGGAGCCGAAAAACCCUCCACAUCGGAAACCGGAAAGGACAAGAAAUCCGUAGAGACAACCGAGGGAACAGCAUUCAAGGUAGAACCUGACGGAACGAGUAGCUCGGAAAAUGGCGGAGAUUCUGAAGGAAAACGUCCUAAAUUCGUGGCGGGACGCGAGGGACCGGCCGACAGCGGCGAGGGCGGCGGAAACGCAGAGGGGGACGACGAAAAGAAGGAGGUCGAGGGCAGAGUGAAUGGAGACGAUUUCUCGGCCGAAGUCACCAACGGUGGAGAUGAAGAUGAUGAUGAGGAGGGACCGGAAAUUACCGAAGAUGGAGGGGAUAAUGUUGAGACGAAUGGAGUAGAUGGUAAGGGCGGAGAUGGGGAUGAUACUGAAGGGGAUGACGAUGCCUCGAUGAAUCCGGACAAUGAUGGGGAUACGGAAGGCGCCAAUGGACAGCCGGGGAAUGCUGUGAAGGACGGAAUCGAAGCCAAGGAUGAGGAGGCCGAGAAGAAGCGGAAGCGGCUGGCGAAAGCCAAGGCAAAGGCGAAGGCGAAGAAGGCCGCCGCAAAGAAAAGACGACAGCGUCAGAAACAACUUCGCACGAUCCAAGCGGUAGAUGAAGCCGACGAGCCGUCCCCAAUCCAGGGUCGUGCCGCAGCCGAGACCCCGGCAGCUGCCGGAGCUCGAGCCCCCGUUCAAGCCGCCGCCCCUGCCGCCGACGCGGUCGCGGCCGAUGCUCCAGGUGCCGGAGCUGGAGGAGCAGGGAAAAACUGCUUCGCCGCCGACAGCGUUGUCUCAACCCCGGAGGGCCUGAAACGCAUGGAUGAGCUGCAGGUUGGAGACCGAGUGUUGGUGCCGACAGCGAAUGGCGUGCCAAAGUACGAGCUGGUUGAGAUGUUCUACCAUCGAGUGCCCGACAGGAAGACGAACUUUGUGCUGAUUGAGACCGAAAACGGCCGCAAACUCGCCGUCACCCCACUGCAUCUACUCCCCGUUGGCAGCUGUGAUGACAUGAGACAGCUCAUGAACAACAGUGACGCAAUCGACCAGGCGCUGCGCGGAUCCAGAUUUGCCUACAGGGCCCAGGUUGGAGACUGCGUGCUUGCAGCUGAUGACGAGGGACAAGUGGACGUGGAACGGAUUGUCAAGGUUGGCCGCCGAAUCUCCACCGGAAUCUACUCCCCAAUCACCGUCGAAGGCUCGAUAAUUGUCGAUGGGGUGCUGGCGAGCUGUUUCGCGCAAGUCGAAUCGCACGCCACGCACAAGAUCCUCUACGAUUUCACCCACUGGGCUUAUCGGAUGACCGGACUGGCGACGUCAACCGAACAAUGGUCGGAUGUGCUGCCGCUCCCGAAAAUGAUCCACUACAUGCACGAGCUGAGCCGUCACGUCCUCCCGUUCGUCAAGUUC